AAUCUUCAGCUGAAUGUGCAAAUCUUAUCAUGGCCUUCAACAGUGCUCAAAAUAAUGAUGAGAAACCCCGCACUCGCGAAGCACAUUGUCAAAAAAAGAAAGAAAACCGCUUAGUUAACCUUAAUACAAUCCUUGUUUAGCGGAUCUCAAUCCCUAUAAAAAUCCAUUCCCACAAGAUUUCUUCUGCACAGUAAUGAUCAUCACAAUGGCCUCCAAAGCCACAGCUAUACGCUCUGCAUUGUUUCUCGCAGUGGCCGCCAUUGCAGCACACGGAUCUGAUAAUACCUGCGUUUACAGUGUGUACAUCCGCACAGGGAGCAUCUUCAAGGCCGGUACUGACUCCAACAUAAGCCUGGCGGUGGGCGAUACGAAGGGCGGUGAGGUUGUGAUAAGCGAUUUGGUCUCAUGGGGCGGUCUCAUGGGGCAGAACUAUGACUACUUCGAGAUGGGAAAUCUGGACAUUUUCAGCGGGCGGGGACCUUGCCUUAAGGGCCCGAUCUGCAGUCUUGAUCUCCUCUCAGACGGCACGGGCCCACACCAUGGAUGGUACUGUAACUACGUGGAGGUUACCUCAACUGGGCCCCACAUAUCCUGUGACCAGCAAAAUUUCCCUGUUAACCAGUGGCUCGCCACCGAUGCGCCGCCAUAUCAGCUCUCCUUUUCUGCUAAUCGCUGUAAUUAUUCUUCCGCCGCUGCUGCUGAGAUCAUGUGAGUUCUGGUGUUUUGGUGGCGCUGCCGAUCUGAGUCUUUGAAUAAAGUGAUUUUGGUGUGGUUUAUUGUCGCUGAGAAUUGUGGAUCGGCGGAUUGGUUCUUGUUUUCUUGGUUUGGGAAAUUUUAUCUGAGCAAAUAUCUGUAGAUUUUGUUGAAAAUGCAGAUUUCAAUCGUGACAAUCUUUCUGUUCAAAAGAGCUUUUGGACUCGUAAGAUGGAGGGAAUGUGGAUAGUAUUGCCUGAUUUCAAAAAUUGGUAUUAGAACAUGUUAAUUGAAUGGAUAUUUUUUAAAUAUAAUAGUA